AUGUCUAGCAGACACAUCAGCGUUUCGAGACAACAACGGACCAGCCAGCGUCCCAGUUCCAACGUCUCGAACGCCGGGACUUUUGAGGAAUCAACUACAUCCAACCAGCAGGGUGCAAAUGGCGGCCAAGAUUAUUCGCAGAAGACUCUCUUCGCCCAGGGUUUGACUGAUCGUAAUAACACGUACCAAAUCUCGAAAGAGCAAGAGAGCCAAAGAGGCUAUGCCGGAGUCGUCGUGUUCCCUCAGCGUCCGGUUGAAAGACAAGAGUAUCGCGAUGCCGUGGAAAAAAUCUCAAAGAAGUCCAGGGCUUCCAAGUCCAAGCGGUCCUGA